AUGUCCCGACGCUCCGGCCGUUCCAAAGGUCUGGGCUCAGAACCAGAAUCCAAGACCGCCAAAACAGAACCCUCCUCCGAGACCGACGAACAAGAUGAAGUCACCAGAUGUGUCUGUGGAAAUGACGAGUUGGCCUCGGUCAACCCGUCGCUUCUGCGGUUUCUCCUGCACGAAUAUCACAUCAAAGUCGAUACGGGGCUUUUUAUUCAAUGUGAGAAGUGUCUGGUCUGGCAACAUGGAUACUGUGUAGGUUUGUUCACGAACGACGAUGUCCCCGAUAAGUACUACUGUGAAGAGUGUAUGCCCGAGUACCAUCUCAAGGUGACCAGCAAUACCGAUGCCGGAGAGAGAACGCUAUAUUUGCCUGUUAACGAGGCCAGAAAAGCGCUCCUUCGCGAAAUGGACCACAAGUCGGCGUCCGAUAAUGCAGACAAGAUAGACACAAAAGACGCUAAGCCUUCGCGACUGCGGAGCCGGCGCAGUCCCACAGGGAACGCUGAAGCCCCGGGCGAUGGAUCCGUAUCCUCUGUUUCGCGUAGACAAAGCCGCAAGGACCGCCGCCACGGUGACGAGGCAUUCGAGGAAGACCUCCAGAGAGCACUUCGUGAAAGUGCGAAGGCUGCCUCGGGAGGCAAGCGGCUGGGAGAUUCCGAGCAGGUCUCUGAAGAAAAGAGGUUCCACUCCGAGGAUCUGGGUGUGGACGUUGACGAAUCAAACAUAGAAGAGGACACCGAGCCAAAAGCUCCGAAGCGCGAACCCAAACCUCGCGCAAAGGCCAGGCCCCGUCCAAAAUCCAGAAAUGGCAAAGCUACUGGACUGGCCGCGUCAGGAUCUGCAUCGAAUGGAAAUGCCAACAUCUCCAAAGAGGAGCUUCUAAAUCAGCCCUCCAAGCCUCGCUUCGUAAAUGACAAGUCAAGUAUAUACGAGUUGCGAAAGCGCACAGGAGCGAUAUUAGAGUGGCUUGGAAGGACACAAAUGGAGCUAGAACAGGAGAAAGACCUUAAAACAGCACAAUUCAAAGAAGCACGCAUUGAAGGAAUGCCUUGGGUGUCUCCGUUCGACGAGAAUUUGAAACUCAUGGAGAGUCUUACGGAGAAAAUAUUGCUCUGGGAACAAAAAUUUGGCAAAUAUGCCCCAUAG